AUGUGUUCUCCCAGUCCAUGUAGCACUACAAUUUGCACACCACCAAGAUGCUAUACAAUACCUUGCUCAGUACCUUCUUGCAUGCCACCUUGUCCACCAGCUUGUUAUCCUUGCCUACCUUGCGUACCUUAUACGCCUCUAAUACAAUGUAGGCCACCUUGUCCGCCUCGUUGCCCACCGAGACCAACCAAGACAGUAGUGUAUUUACGACCUUGUCCACCCUGUCCACCAUGUUGUCCAAUGCCUUGUCCUCCAAAGGUGGUGGUAACAUGUCCUCCCCCUUGCUCACCAUGUCCUCUCCCUUGUUCUCCAUGUCCUCCCCCUUGCUCUCCAUGUCCUCCCCUUUGCUCACCAUGUCCUCCCCCUUGCUUACCUUGUCCUCCACCACCUCCAACUUGCGCUUAUGUUUGCACACCAAAAUACGUACCUUGUAUGCCCUGUCCACCUCCUACACCACCAGUUUGCUCACCUUGUAGACCACUUAUUCUACCUUGUCCACCUUAA